CAGUUGGAAACAUGGCUUCAUCUCAGCUACGAAGAGACUCGAGUCACGACGAAGAAUGGUGUUAUAGACAAGAAGGAAAUCAAAGACUAGUAGUUUACAAUAGACAGACUAAGGAAAGUAUUCUUGAUAAGAUGAACUUUAUAAAAAGAGUUAUUAUUCCAUUAAUUGGCGAUGAAUUCGUGCAUUUGGGACAUAUCACAGAGCACGAUGAAAUAUAUUUGAGAAACUUAAAUAGUUCAGUGAGAAAGAAAACAAUAAGUAACUACUGCCCUCUUGAUCUCUUCUCUGGUAAUAAGGACAGAAUGCAUCUGGCACUUUUAUCUCUAUUUUUUACUCCUCAAAACAACUUUAGAGUAUUUUUGGAUGGAAGGAUUAUUUGGAGUGAAGAAAUUAAAGAAUUGGAAUACUUAAUUCAUAGUCUUAAAAAAUUCUUAAAAGCGGAAAAUGGGGUUUCCAACGAAUCUAUCCUAACUAAAUUUUUUCAUGUAUUAACCAAAACUUUAUUGUGGACAAAAACUGACGGAAAGUCUGUGGAAGGUCCUCCAGUAUGCCGGGCGAUUCAGCGUAAACCUGAUAACUAUCAUGAUGAUUUAUCAAUUACUUCGUGGGGAGCUUACGAUAAAGGUUACCUUCCGGAAGGUUGUGUUUUAGAUGGUAUACUUAAACUUCAAAAUGUUGAUAAAGUACAAAAUGUGGAAGAGAUAUACAAUAUUUAUAAAUCUGAGGACAAGGACUACAACCAGAAAAUCGAUAACUAUCUCAUAUCAUCUGUUGCUAAUGAUUGUUCUAUAAUGAUUGCCCUUCAAGAGAGCAAUGAUAAGGCCGAUAGACGUAUUGAAACGGAUUUCGGCGCCUAUGAAUGUUCUAUAAGUGUAAUAGAUCUAGACAAGAAGAGUAGUUCAAAAAUAAAUAGUCAUUUCGAAGAACUGCAAAGAUCUCUGGCAGUAUACAAAAAUAUUACAUCUCUUAACGAGCAGAAUAUACUCAGAUAG